AUGGAGCGAGAUUACAAUGAGGGACAAGCUGGAAGUGAUGCAUUUGCAAUUAACGGUUGGAACGGUUGGAACAAGAAAAGCAGACUCGAUACUCAUGAGGGUAAGGGUAAUGUUAAUAGCUUUCACAAUGUAGCAGUAAAAAGAUGUGACGCUUUGAUGAAUCAAGAUCAGUCAAUUCAUGUUGCUUUUGAUAAGCAAACUGAUCUUACAAAAAAGCAAAAUCGAAUUCGGCUUGAUGCUUCCAUUGAUUCGGUGAGAUACUUGUUGCAUCAAGGCUUAGCUUUCCGGGGCCAUGAUGAAUCAGAGGAGUCAAAAAAUAAGGGAAAUUUCCGAGAGUUGGUACAUACUUUGGCAAACCAGAAUGAAGCUAUACGGAAUGUAGUUCUUGAGAAUGCUCCAAGAAACUGUAAGUGGGUAUGUGGAGAUAUUCAAAAGGAAAUUGCAAAUUAUUUUGCAAAGAUAACUUUAAAUUCUAUUAUUGAUGAAAUUGGGGGCGAUGUAUUUAGUUUGUUGAUUGAUGAAGCCGCUGAUGUGUCUGACAAAGAGCAAAUGGCAGUUGAAACAUCAGCAACUUGUCUCAAGGCUACUCUUCAAAAAUUAUUCACUGAGAUUGGACUAAGCAUAAAGCAGGUUAGAGGCCAAUGCUAUGAUGGGGCUAGUAAUAUGCGCGGUGAGUUUAAUGGCUUGAAAGCAAAGAUUAUGCAAGAGAAUAAGUCAGCGUAUUAUGUGCAUUGUUUUGCUCACCAGCUCCAAUUGGUUAUUGUGGCAGUAUCAAAGAAGCAUGAUGAUAUUGCAGAUUUUUUUUACAUGAUCUCAGUUUUAUUCAAUGUGGUUGGAGCUUCUUGCAAAAGAAAGGAUAUGAUUAGAGAGAAACAUCGAGAGGAGGUAAUAAAAGCCAUAGGUAGUGGGCAGAUUAGCACUGGCACAGGGCUAAAUCAAGAACAAACUCUUCAAAGAGCUGGGGACACACGUUGGGGCUCACACUACCGGACUCUUUCAAGUCUAGUGAAAUUGUUCCCAUCAGUUAUGUCUGUUCUGAAAUAUGUUGAGAAAGAAGGCAAAAGUGAAAAGAAAUGUCAAGCACGUGGUCUUGUAGCAUAUUUUGAGACCUUUGAUUUUGUUUUUUAUUUGCACAUGAUGUUGCAUAUAUUGGGAAAUGCAAAUACUUUGUCACAGUCUUUACAAAGGAAGGAUCAAGACAUCCUGAAUGCCAUCUCAUGUGUGAAGUCAACAAGGAAUGAGCUGCAAGAACUAAGGGAUAAUGGAUGGGACUCACUUCUUGAGAAGGCACAUUCAUUCUGUGAAGAGCAUCACAUUGAGAAUGUAAACAUGCAGGAGCAAUAUGUUAAUCGGCACAAACCACGGCACAAAACCAAUAAGACAAACCUUCAACAUUACCAAAUUGAGUGUCUUAAUUCUGUCAUUGAUUGGCAGCUUCAAGAGUUUGAUGACCGCUUCAAUGAGGUAAAUUCUGCAUUGCUUGGACACAUGGCUUCUUUCAACCCCAAAGACUCCUUUGCUGCUUUUAACUUGGACAGCUUAGUGAAGCUAGCUGAGUUUUAUCCGGAUGACUUUGAUUCAAGAAAAUUGGAUGAUCUUGGUCCUGAACUUCGCACUUACAUUGACAAUGUGCGAGCAGAUGAAAGGUUCGCCAAUUUGGAUGGAAUUGCUGAUCUUGCUAAACUAAUGGUGGAAACAAAUAAGCAUAUUACGUUUCCUUUGGUUUAUCAUCUUUUAAAGCUAGUACUGAUAUUGCCAGUUGCCACUGCAUCAGUGGAGAGAUGCUUUUCAGCUAUGAAUGUUGUAAAAAAAAGUUACGCUACAAAAUGGGUGAUCAAUUCAUGA